UGAAAAACUUGACCAAAGAAAAGUUUGUACAAGCGAUUGCGGUGAGGAACUCCCCAGUCUGGAAACGCCCUAGACGUGUGCCGUCUGUACGAAAGUGUACAGUUUGUACAGUUUGUAAAGUAUACAGUGCAGUUCCGUGAUACAUUCCGCCAAAGAGAACUUUUUUUACGGUGGCAAUCAUCUUCUAGCGCUUGCCGUAAGUUUGCCUCUGCUGGUGUGCGUGCGUAGGGCUGACGCGAGAGCGAGAAGAAAGAGAUAGAGAUUGAGCGCGCGUACGAAAGGGAAGCGCAAACACACGACCACCAUAGUGACGAAAGUGACGCGCGGUCGCUUCACAAAAACACUCGAAGCAGUUUUCAUCCGAUACCCGCAGGGCACGCCGGAAAAGCCAUUGGGCUAGCGUUUCUCAUUACGUUGUUGCUUUUGACGACGUGUGCAUAAUUGUCACAUUAAGCGUGGUCACCCCCGAGCAGCCACCACCAUCAUCGUCGUCGGCUUGGCGUCGGCUUAUCGGACGGCUUAAUUGAUUGAGUGUGUGCGUGUGGAAGUGCGUACGCCAGAGCAUAUACGUAGCGGAAGAGGGUGGUGCGGUUCGUGCAGCGAGACGAAGCCAACCCGAAAAACGCGGACCCCGGAGGUGCAAUCCUUCAAGUGCAGGCACGGCAGCAGAGCAGAGUCAUAGCAAACAGCAAGCGCGCAGUGGUGCGGUUUCCAAGCAGCGACUAGCAUUAAACAAACAAUAAUGUCCGACAGCACGGGUUAUGCUGUUAACGAUCUCGUUUGGGCAAAGAUGAAGGGAUUUUCGCCCUGGCCCGGCCGUAUCUCGGUUCCGCCAGCAGAACUGCGGAAAAUUGCGGUCAAAAAGAACAACCCAGUAAAGUGUAUUUUCUUCUUCGGCUCCAACAACUAUGCCUGGAUCGAGGAAACGCAAAUCAAGCCGUAUCUGGAGUUUAAGGAUACACUGAUAAACUCCUGCAAAACUGCCCAUUUCAAAGAGGCUUUGAAACAGAUAGAAGAAUUCCGCGUAAAUCCGGAGAAAUUUCAGCCACUGUUCGUUGGGGAAAACGAAGCCGCUAAUCGCCCGGAUCCGGACGAAGAAUUUAAUAGACUGCGGGAAGGCGUUACCAGCGGUACGGAGGAAAGUGGGGCAGAGGAUGGAGCCUCCGUUAACAACACGUCGACACCCGCCGUCCUGGAAUCGGUGGACGAUGCCACCACGACGCCGCUGAUAAAGAAAUCAGCCAAGAAGAAAGUACGUGCCUCGUUGCCACUCAAAUUGAACGUGGAUAAGAUGGCAUCUAUCACGAAGGUGCGUUCAGUUGGCAACAAAGCAAAGGCCACGCUAGAAGAUGGUGUGACAGGCGCACCGUCACCGAAACGCAAGAAGAAACUUUUGAACGAUUCCGGCGAAUUGGCUUCCCUGGAUAUCGAUAGCUACGCUAGUCCGGUAAGACGCAAUGCGCCGGUAACGCAUCUGCUGAACCGUCCGGUUACUGUCACCCGACCAGCGACGCCUGAGAUCGACAUGUCAAGCGUUUCGAAUGCGGUACAAUCGCGCAAUAUCAAAGCAUCUCAGCUGAAAUUCGGUUUCCUCGGGCUUGGCGUUAUGGGCUGUGGGAUCGUGAAAAAUCUGAUCAAAUCGGGCCACUCGGUUGUGGUUUGGAACCGGAGCGCCAACAAAUGUCGCAAAUUUCAGGAGGUCGGUGCGGAAGUUGCGGAAACUCCGUCAGAUGUGGUAGAAAUGACCGAUGUCACCUAUUCGUGCGUGUCUGAUCCGCAGGUUGCAAAGGAUAUGGUGUUCGGUAACUGUGGCGUAAUGUCGGCAAAUCUGGCCGGCAAAGGUUACGUUGAGAUGACUGGUGUCGAUCCAGAAACUUCUAAUGACAUCAAUGAAGCAAUCAUCUCCAAAGGCGGUCGCUAUUUGGAAGCACAAAUACAAGGGUCGAAGAACCAAGCGGAAGAGGGAACGCUUAUCAUUCUUGCGAGCGGAGAUCGAUUGCUGUUUGAGGAAUGUCAAAGCUGUUUCGAAGCAAUUUCCCGCAAUUCUUUCUACCUGGGUGACGUUGGCAAUGCUACAAAGAUGAAUCUGAUUCUGCAGAUGAUUUCCGGAAUUACGCUUGCCGGAGUGGCUGAAGCGAUGGCACUAGCGGAUCGAGCUGGGCUCCAGCAGAAGGACGUUCUGGAGGUGCUAGAAUUAACUAGCAUGUCCUCAGAAAUGAUGCUGCAGAAAGGAAAUGCGAUUAUCAAGGGUGAAUUCCCAACCCAUCAGGCGUUGAAGCACAUGCAGAAAGACCUCAAGCUUGCGUUAAGCCUAGCAGACGGACUGGAGCAAUCGUUGCCCAUUACAGCGGCCUCGAACGAGGUGUACAAACACGCCAAACGUCUUGGCUAUGGUUCACACGAUGCCAGCGCCGUCUACGUACGGGCACGGUUUUAACAGCGACCGGGAGGACGACCGUCGUAGCUGUGCUGAAUUCUAUGCAGCAGCAGAAAAGAACCCCUUCCCCCUAACCUUUAUGUAGGACGGAUGAUGGUAUAGUAGUGACACGUGCAGUGUGAAGUUGACGACAACUUAGAUAUGUGAAACGUACGAUGCACGGUACGACAGAACGACGUAUCUGUAGAAGUAUGUGCAAUUGUGUCUUGUUGUUAAUCUAUCGUAGCCCCGAGGAUUAUCCACCGUUGGUUUAUUGAUUCGAUUCGAGCGGGAAUAUUAUAUUUUUAUGUGUCUUAUACGAAAUGCUUUAGUUGCAUUUUUGUUUAUAAGACCAGCAUUUUCUCUUGACAUAUAGCGACAAGUACUAGCGUGUUGUUAUUAUAGAUCUAUUUUUUUUUUCAUUGCAAGGAACAUUUUAAGCAAAUUCAGGAUGCAUUAAAUCUUUUAAAAAUAUGCCGGUUCUAUUGCAAGGAGAGGUAGUUGAGCACCAGAUGCUCAAACCUGCGGAAUAACUAGUGAAGGCCCAGGAAACUGUAUUCACCAGUCGUACCGUAGGAUUAUCUCGCAGAAAAGAAGUAUUUGUGUGUUUAUAUUUCGAACGUUUGUAACGAGUUUGUUAGCAAUCUGGCAGCUAGCAAACAAUAUUCUCCACAAUGUGCAUUUAUAAAUGAAAUUGAUUUAAUCGCUCAGCAAUAAAUAAUUGAAAUGGG